AGAGGGAAAUCUUUUAAAGUCUGUAUCUGGGGGGCGACCAUGGCGAGAUUUGACCGCUCUUACCAGGACUUGUGCAGCAGUAGGCAAUACGGGUUUGAGCUCGGACCCACCGACUUGCUGGAGCGCAAGGGCUCCCUCACCCUGCGUUCCCAUCACAAGAAAUACUCGAAGCCGGUGUUGGUGUAUUCCUGGCACCGUGACAGAGAAGCUUAUCCCAAAGAUUAUGAUGUAGAGGGUCCCGAGGAAGUGAAAAAACUGUGUAAUUCAACAUAUCAGAGAUUUGGAACGGAUGAGCCUGAAAUUUGGAUCUCAGAAACACACGAACAAAUGGCACAAGUUCUUUUAAACACAAAAUUGGCUCAGAUACAAAGCCAGGCUUUGUUGAAUGAGGAAACAAUGAACUCUGGGAUUAUUGAAAGGGACACUGGAUUGCCUGCAACAGGUUUUGGAGCUCUCUUUACUACACACCCACCGGAUUGGCGCAAUAUGUGUUCACUGACGACAUAUACUGAGGACUACACUCCACCAUAUGACUAUCAGCCACUUGGUUCCCUGAUGCUGAUAUGCGGAGAAGUGGACAGUGAGCUGGCCAGCACUUGGGGAUUGUGCACCGGUCCGUUUACCACUAGUUCACCAGCCGUGGGAUCCUGUGCCGUCACUUCACCAGGUCACUUACUUGCUGGGACCUGACACCUACAAACUCCACUGAGCGUGCUCAUCAUUGAUUCCUCCCUAAGAACUUCACAGUCGUUCUUUCCACCCAUAGCCGCUGCACCCUCUAGCAAUGCAGGCUUUGGUACAGUGAUUCUCCCUUUCUGUGCUAAGCACCUGAGACUAGCCUGUGGAUUUAAGCUGCAUAAAGGAAGUAAGCCCCUUGGAGUCCUGGUAAUACCGCCUAAUUAAACAAGCUAUACAUUUGUUUGGUGAUUUUGGGAUCUGAACCGCAAAGGACAAUGUUAAAAAUACUUUUGGACUUAAAACGUACCUGCCACCUGUGAAUCUUUACUUGUAGAAGUGUCCUACCUAUGAUCCAUUGUGUUGUCUGUGAUCUUUACUUCCCUGUAGUUAGUUGAGCUUUCUUUGUAACAGAAGUUAAUAAUGGGCAUUCUUUGGUCUGAACAAAGCAUUUUACUCUGGAAACAAAAGUUGCCUGCUUUCUCUAACCACCUGUGUGGCUCUUUGGGUUGGAUUCCUGAGUCGAGUAACCAGGGAACUAUGCCAAGUUCUUCUGUUAAAAUAUCACCGAAGUCUGUACUAUCAGCAAAGAAUCACAGC